GGGUUCAAAGCGAGCUCGGCCGCGGGGUGGGUCGGGGCGUUCGGCGCGCCCUUCAUUGAAGCGGCGGUGGCCGGGCUGGGCGCCGGGAGUGGGAAGCGACGGCGCGGCUGGAAAAUGCCGGUCCAUUCCCGAGGGGAUAAGAAGGAGACGAAUCAUCACGAUGAGAUGGAGGUGGACUACGCGGAAAACGAGGGGAGCAGCUCCGAAGACGAGGACACAGAGAGCUCGUCGGUCUCCGAGGAUGGGGACAGCUCAGAAAUGGAUGAUGAAGAUUGUGAAAGAAGAAGAAUGGAAUGUUUAGAUGAAAUGUCUAAUCUUGAGAAACAAUUUACAGAUCUCAAAGAUCAACUUUAUAAAGAACGAUUAAGUCAGGUGGAUGCAAAACUACAAGAAGUCACAGCUGGAAAAGCACCAGAGUAUUUGGAACCACUGGCAACUUUACAAGAAAAUAUGCAAAUUCGUACAAAGGUAGCAGGAAUCUAUAGAGAGCUCUGCUUAGAAUCUGUAAAGAACAAAUAUGAAUGUGAAAUUCAAGCUUCUCGCCAGCAUUGUGAGAGUGAAAAGCUUUUGCUGUAUGAUACAGUCCAGAGUGAACUUGAGGAGAAGAUAAGAAGGCUCGAGGAGGACAGGCACAGCAUUGACAUUACCUCAGAGCUGUGGAAUGAUGAGCUCCAGUCAAGAAAAAAAAGGAAGGAUCCUUUCAGUCCUGACAAAAAGAAGCCAGUUGUUGUUUCAGGUCCAUAUAUAGUUUAUAUGCUGCAAGAUCUCGAUAUUCUUGAGGAUUGGACAACAAUUAGAAAGGCAAUGGCUACCCUGGGUCCACACCGAGUGAAAACAGAACUCUCUGAACUGAUCCCUUUAGCACCCGUGAAGCUAGAAAAGCAUCUGCACAGUGCUAGAUCUGAGGAGGGAAGAUUGUAUUACGAUGGUGAAUGGUACAUACGUGGACAGACGAUCUGCAUCGAUAGAAAAGAUGAAUGUCCUACCAGACUUCAUAUUAAGUUUAUGAGCAGAAAGAGCACAAGUGGAAAUGUUUGGAGCUAUUUAUCCAUUGCUGUAAUUACAACAAUUAACCAUGAUGAAGUUUGGUUUAAGAGGCCCGAUGGAAGCAAAUCUAAGCUUUACAUUUCACAGCUACAGAAAGGAAAAUAUUCAAUUAAACAUUCGUAAUCAUGAUUUAAGUGUUAUAUAAAUCUACCUUAUUAGUGUUACCAAGUGUAAUGUGCCAUGGGAGUAGAAAACAUGUUCAGUAACUUAAUCUCAUCAAAUCAUGAGAGAAUGUGUAUGUGUAGGCAGUACUGUAAGUAGACCUCAUAUGUUACUAAAGGUAAUAGUAAUAAAAAUUUAAUCAUGAUUAUUACAUUUAUUUGCCUCUUAGGUCCAGUGGCCAACAGGUAUAUUUGGUAGGUAUUUUUUAACCUUUUUUUUAAAUUGUGUGUUUCAUCUUUAGUGAACUAUGGUUUUGUUUCUCUGCAAGUUUUAAAAUGUUUAUAUUUGUCAUUCAUCAUGUUUGUAAAUAAGACUGAUAAAAUGUUUCCUAUCCAUGAUUUAUACUAGUAUGUUAGUUUAAAUCAGAAUUCAGAUUUACACAUAUAUGUAUGUCUGAUAUGGCAUCACCAGCAUAUUAAAACUGGUAGCCUAACCUUACAAUCUUGUUCUACCCAAAAUGAAACUAUUGGGUUUUAAAGGUAAAAGGAGCACUUUUGUAGACUAGUUUUCCUUCUCUUCCUUGAUUGGUUAGAGAUGACCUAUUUUUACAAAUUAUACUUGAUGUUAAUUAGUAAAAUUAGUGUCAAGUGUGAACAUAUUUCUACCUGUAUAUUUUGUGACCCUUUAGAGGGCAAGUGUUAAUGCCUGGUAUUCACGAUGCAGUGGUGAACAGUAACUGACAGUAUUGUGGUGCUUGCUGUAUAUGUCUGAUCUUUUGAAAAAAAAAAUUAGGAAGCAUUUUCCUGAGGCAAAACUAGGUUCUUAGUCAAAUUUUAUACCUAGGGCAAUAUAGACAUGGAUAAUUUCCUUGAACCUGUUCCCCAAAAAAGUCUUUUUUGAUUUUAUACUGUAAGGCCAUUAGGUGCAAUUUAGAAAAUGUUGGCCUCCCUUCCCUUAACCACAUUCAAAAUAAAUUUCCAAAGCCUCAGGAACAGUGCAAAGAAUUGAAGCCCUCAAUAUGGCAGUACUGUUGACUGUAGUAUAUACUUAGGGUACAACCAAGUCAAGUAUUCCUGGUGGUCUUGUGCACUUUAAUUUCUGCUAACAGAGAUACUUAAAAGAAUAAAGAAGAAAUUUACUCAUGACCACUUAGUGCAGGAGUAGCUGCAUGAUUCCGUUUGUUUCUUACUGUUUUACCUCCAUAAACGUCACCUUGUGCAGAUCACUACUUCACAUUUGCCAAAUUUACAACAUUAGAAUUCUGAAAUUCAGUAUCGGCAAAGUUGUGCUUUGUUCUGUUUCUAAACAACUUUAGCAAUUGUACAUAAUGUCACAAUCCAAUAGUAUUUGACUGUACUUAUAUAUACAAUGUUUGAUAAGCAUUUUUAUUGAGAUUUGUAUUUUUAAAUUUAGUAUGUAAUAAAAAGAUGUGUUUGAGGGUCA